AGUGCUCCAGUGACAGACUGGGAUCUGCUGGCUGCUGGCUGACACAACAGAAAGUAAUCGCCCUACACUAUGUAUCACCUAAGGGUGCCUGUGCUUCUCCUCACCCUGCUUGUGUUGCUGCGCUGCGUCACCGCUGCCCCAAGCUACAGGUACUUCACUCCCAGCUCAUCCAGCGAGCGGGAAAGUGGUCUCCCAGACAGCGACGGCUGGUUAGCUCCCGGGUUAAUCUCCAACCCUUUCCUCGGCCUCGUGGGUACACGACCGCAGAGGGGGCUCACAGCGAUGAACAGCCACCACAUACAGAAAAGGAAAUGCAACACAGCCACCUGCGUCACCCAAAGGCUAGCAGACUUCCUGGUCCGCUCCAGUAACACUAUCGGUACAGUCUACGCACCCACCAACGUGGGAUCUGACACCUACGGCAAGAGGGACCUACUGCAGCCUCCCAUCUUCCUGCCUCUCUAGUGCCGACGGAGGAACGUCCCAGCGCUCUGAUGAUGUACCCACACAUCUCAUGUAACAGUGAUUGUGAGAAUGACGUGACUAAACGGUGACAUUGAUGGUGAUGGUGAUGAUUACGAACAGAGUUUUCUUGUUUUAUUUGAUCGACUUUAAGAAACAGUGCCUUUAAUUUAAAACAUCAAAAGUCAAUAUUGUGUUCUUUCUUUUCUGACUUUGUGCAUGUCGUGGCUCUGUUAAUGCUGUUCCACACUGGCGUGAUGUGAAUAUAACAAUAAAUAAAAGAAAAC